UGUAUGUGUUCUCUUUGUUAUCUAUAAAUUAUGUGUUCUUUUUGUUAAAUGUAAAUUAUGUGUUCUUUUUGUUAAAUGUAUGUGUUUCCAGGUUUAGUAUCCGAUGGGCCAUGACUACAGCUACUCUCAGCCUGAUUCCUCAGAGGAGUAUGUUAUAUAUUCGCAGGACACUGAGCAGAGGGAAAUAGAGGCUGAGAGUAACUUACUCGAUACUCAGGCGACUCAAUACCCUCCCCAACCUGAGGUUGAGUUCGGAUUCCCCAAGGUAUGCUACUGUGGUGGUCAGCCUAUUCUAUCCUCAAGCGAGAACAGAAGGUUCUUCACAUGUUGGAAUGUUGAUGAUGGAGAGAUGCAUAUUCACAAGUGGUGGGAUGCAGCAGUCAUGGAGGAGAUGAGAGAACUGAGCAGACAAUGUGAACUGCUGACGGAGAAGGUAGAUAGCAUUGCAUUCGCCAGUGACUACGACUCACACAUCCGUAAUGAAACCGAGCAGAAAAUAGCCCAGUUAGAGAAAAUAGUGUUUGAUCUAGGGAAGAGCAGAAAUAAGUUUAGUAAUUGUUUUGAAAUGAUGGUUUUCUCAACAGUUAUUGUUGUUGCUUUACUGGUAAUUGUGGUGAUGUCUAAAUACAACUGGUUCUGAACUUGUAUCCCUAUGAA